UCCUUCCUCCCUGCUGCAGUUCACAUGGAAGAUGUCACUUGAACUAGUCACGAAUUUCUGUUGGGGUCUCCACAAGGAAAUGGCUGAGGGAUUACGUAGUUUUUUUCAAAAUUGUACAACUCUUUAAUCCUGGACGCGAAUAUUUUAAUAACACUAGCAUUAUAACAUCGGAUAUGUGUGUUUGAGUUUAGUUGAAGUCAAUUUGGCCAACAUAACGGGAAAAUAAUAAUUUCGAACUUUUCGGACUCACCUCGGACUUGCUGCUGUUAGUUUACUACCUAGCGAUAACACCUGAUAUAGCUAGCUAAAUAGUUUUAAGUAAUUUGGGACAGUUAGUAGUGAUGGCUGGUAUUAACUUGAGGGAGGCUUUUACAACAAGAUAACUCAUUUCUUAUACGAAAUACGACUAAAGUACAAGCAAGGUAAAGGAUAAAACGGGCAACUUUUUAUUGAAGUUGUCUCGAGCGAAAAUGAACAAUUGUACCGUUAGCACCUAGCUAGCAAAUUAUCUAACGGUAGCUAGUUGACAGUGACAUCAGUGGAAAUUGGGUAUGGUGUUGCAACUUUGUAACGUCAACGUUACCUACUUUAGAUUUGUUUAUCAAUUUAACUAGCUACAGUAGCUGAUUUAGCAUAGCAUGCUAAUGAUGCGGGAUCCAACUGUGAAUUUCAGUGUUCUCCAUAGAACUUGCAAAUUGGUCGUCAUUCUUUGUUUUCUCCAUAUUUCGGUCACUUUAAUUUUUUACGUGAGGUCGUUAGAUAUUCCAUUUUCGUUUGCACAAAAUCAGCAAGCACACGCAGCGAAAAAGCAUAACCAAACUACAUCAGAGGACACCAAACCUGACGUGGUUGAAACGAACCGCUUUUCUGUAGACAACGUGACAUCUACAUUCAACAAAGAACUUGUAAAAUGUUUUGACACUUCACCACUGCUUGUGGGCCCAUUGCGAAUUGAGUUUUCUAACCCAGUCAGCCUUGAUGUGGUAAGGAAGGAGAACCCCAAUCUUCAGAAUGGGGGGCGCUUCAGGCCCAAAGACUGUGUGGCCCUCCAGAAGGUGGCUAUCAUCAUCCCUUUCCGCAACCGCGACGAGCACCUCAAGUUUUGGCUGUACUACCUCCAUCCCAUCCUUCAGCGCCAGCAGCUGGACUACGGCAUCUACGUUAUCAACCAGGACGGUGAUGAGAUCUUUAACCGCGCCAAGCUCCUCAACGUUGGCUACACAGAGGCCCUGAAGGAGUACGACUACGGCUGCUUUGUUUUCAGCGAUGUGGACCUAAUCCCUAUGGAUGACCGCAACACCUACAAGUGCUUCAGCCAGCCCAGGCACCUGUCUGUCUCCAUGGACAAGUUUGGCUUCAGGUUGCCGUACAACCAGUAUUUUGGGGGCGUGUCGUCAAUGAGCAAGGAGCAGUUCCUCAAGAUCAACGGCUUCCCCAACAACUACUGGGGCUGGGGAGGGGAGGACGAUGACAUUUUCAACAGGCUGAGCUCCAAGGGGAUGACCAUCUCACGGCCCAGCGGCGCCGUGGGGAAAUGCAGGAUGAUCCGCCACAACCGGGACGGUGGGAAUGAAGACAACCCUCAGAGGUUCGACCGCAUCGCCCACACCAGGGAGACAAUGAACAAAGACGGCAUCAGAACCCUGUCGUACAAAGUGGUCAAAGUGGAGAAGGAUCAAUUAUACACCAAAAUUACUGUGGACGUGGGAAAAAAAGACUGAGAGAACCAAUAAAACAUGAACAGCCUUGACAACCUGUGGUGGAUGCAGUAACCAAAUGUGCCUUGACAUUGUAAAUAAUGAUAUGCCUUGGACUCUUUGGACUACAGAGAAUGACUGAUCUGAUCAGCAAACAAACGUUCCCUUUAUUUUCGGCCUUUGCACAUCCGAUGGUGAAUUGAACUGGGAUUCCAGCUUUUUCUUUAUAGGAUCCAUGAAUCAUUGACACCAGAAAUGACCGUUGACAUUCAGUACAUUGACACACUGUUGGUUUCCUAUUGGGCUUGUAACGUACUCCACACUCUUUUUGAAGAUUGCUGCUGCGACAAAGUCCUUUGUGAGCCAUUUUGUCUUGACGGGUGGUUGUAAAAUGAUUCAUUUAUUGUCCUAUGCAUCGGGGACUCUCAAUUCAUUUUGUAUGUCUAUUUCUUCCUAGUACUGUUGAUGUUGUUUUGGCAUCAUUGUAGUUUUCUGUCACUUUUGUGAGAUAUUUGCUAUUCCUUUUGAUUCCUUUGCUGAUCGAGCAAGGUUUCAACCCAUUCAAUGCCAAGUGCUCAGGCCAAAGAUUGAACUUCAAAUUGUAGAGUUCCAUAACAAACCAAGUCACUUUUAUUUUUUUCAAAGGCAACCAAACAAUGAUCUUAAGAUUGUUGUACUUUUGGAUACAUUCACAACCUUUUGAUAGGGCAUCAAAGGGCCUAGAACUCCAAAAAUACUUUUUUUUUUUUUUUAAAGUCCAAAUCCCAUGAUAGUUAUAUUAGAGAAGGGGUCCUUGUCUUGAAAGUGUCUCCGUUGAAGCUCCCUUCCCUGUGAAGAGCACCAUUCCAGGUAGCCUCUAAGGAGGCCUCUCCCUGGUGGAAAAUAGGUACCUGAAUGUAUUUGCCUGGUUGUGUGGUGUGUGUGUGUGUGUGCCCUGAGGUAAAAUGCUACCAUGCUGUUGUCUGUCAUGAGUGUCUGGCGUUCUACUUUUUUUUGUGUCUAUGAGAGUGGAUUCUAUGCUCAAAAGGAUCCUCUUGUAGUACGUGUAUGUCUAAGGAAGUGUGAGGGUUAGAAAAACAAUCAUUUUGUAUCCUCAAUACCUAGUAAUCAAUAACCUUAAAGACAUCCGCAUGUUUUUAAACUGGACCGUCACCAUGUCUUCCUCACAGGUACUUUAUAGAUCCUCAUAUACAGUGAAAAUGGCUCAAGCUUGUGAGCCAUGGGGCAUGAUGUUGCACAAGUAAAGUUAUUAACUCAAUCUUGAGAAAAAAAGCCAUUGAGAUUUCUGACUGGAUGGAACAGAAUAAUUGUGCUGUCCAUACUUAGGCUUAAAUGUUUGCCAUUCCUCUCCUGACUGCUUCUUAAUUAUAUCAGUGCUGGUGUCUGGAGAAUCUAUAAAAUGACUGCCAUUUCUGCCUUACCUAAAUAAACUUGAAAAUAUACAUUAA